AUGAACACCAAGCUUAUCGCUCUUUGCCUUGUGUUCCACGUCGCCCAUUCGCUAGGAGGGCCGGUCAACGCAGUUUCUGAAAACACAACCGCACGCUAUGAUUUCGAAAACUCUCCCAAGGAGCGUCUUGCAUCUCAAGGGCCCAUGGAUGCUAGUGUGCAAGAUGAAGGCGCUUCUGGCAAUGCCGAAAAAUCCAUUAUGGACGAGGAGGUGCAAGUGCAAGAAGAAGAAGAACCAAGCUGGGAGUUCGGCAUGAGUCAAGAGCCUCACCUCAGUCUACCGCACAAGAUAGUGUGUCCGUGCCAGAAGCCGAUACUGAUGCUGGCAAAGGAUCGGCGAGAAUACACGAACCAAGAGCGCAGUCAGAAUGAGGACACUAGCCGGUAA